CCGAGCAAUAUACAAGUUUUGGUGGCUGUCUGCCAAUGUAAUUUGCAUCAACCAAAGUGUGUAGUAUAGCUGUGGCCUAAGGCUCCUUUAAAGUAGGUAUAAAUGUAAUUGUUUGUCUUGAAGGCCUCUUUAUUCUGCCAGAGUGGCAUAAAAGGGCCUUAGUGUGUAUGAAAAUCAAAAUCCAUCUCUUCGUAGUUAAAAUCUCAAGCUAGUGUUAUAUUAAGGUUGUUAUUGUUUUGAUUUGGGAUUUUUUGCACACAAUUAUUUCUUGCUUGGGUGUGUAUUACAAUAGGUACCAUGCACUUUUGUUACAUAAUAUCAUGAGCUACUACGUACGGUUCAAACCAGGUUUUGUCAAAAAUGUUUCAGUUGUGUUUUGUUUUUGUUUUUAUGAACCUGUGGUAGUUUUGGAUUCAUGGUGUUUAGGAACGUUGAUGUCUGUUAUUCACCAAAAUGUCUUUAAUCAUGAUGCUUUACAUUUUCUUGUAUUUUUUUUUAAGAAAGCACAAUAAUAUGGAAUGCUUUUAUUUUUAUAUUCCAAAAUUAUUUUUUUUGUUUUAUUAAAACCUGUAGCACCAAAUGUAGUGUAUCUGACUAGGUUAGUAUCUCUUUAAAGAGUUUGUGAGCCCUCUAGUGGUACUCACUGUGUUACAUGUUUUCAAAAGCCACCAGAAACCAGUCAGAGCAGAGGUAUGGGUGUAGCUAUGCUUUGUAUGUUUGUAUAUAUUUAAUAAGCACAGUUGUUUGGGAUCCUGCUGUGCUGUGUUGUUUCUUCAGAUUGUUUUUGUUGUGGGAAGAGCAAAAACCACCGUACUGAACCAGAGCACAAAGAACCUCCCAAAACAGAACUUGCAAAAAGUCUAAAAUGUUCAAUACAAUGUUUUAGUUUAUCAGUUUUUCCAAUUACAAAUGUUCUACUUAAUAGACUCUCACACAAAAACUAAAGACACUUUAGGCAGCCAAAUUAUGAGACCCCACCUAAAUUGUUCUUCAUUUUACAGCCCCUCCAGCUAUCAGCUCCCAACCUUCCUAGAUGCCUGCAAGAUAAGUUGGGCUUUGCAGCAUGCCUGGAAUGGUACGAAAUCUAGGCACUAAUGGACCAAGGAGGGAAGCAAAUUCCCGAGCCAAGGGCCUCGAAUGGGGAGUUCCCUUCUUAUUCCUGAGCUACCAAAGGUUUUGGAGGGGGUUUACUCAUCUCCACUAACACAUAUGAAAAAAUAAAGUAUUUAAAGAUUUGAAGAAGAUAAUGAGAAAUAUAUGGUCCAUCUGAAUAGAUAUCAAAUAGCACUUGUAACUGUGAAAGCUAGAACAUUUUUUCUCAAACACAUUUAACUCUGCUCCUAUUUAAUGCAUCCGUGUUUUGAGGUUAUUAAAUAUAAGCUAAGUAAACUCAAUGAACAGCUAUCCAAAGAUGCAGAUUUUAAAUUAACUGUAAUAUAAAUCAGUGUAAAAAGGGAAGUGUCUAUUUAAGUGCAGCUGUGAUUGUUUUCUGUUGUAAAAUGCUGAGAUUUUACUUUUGAUUCUCUAGAGUACACAGUGUGACAGUGAGAUCGAAAUCUUCUUCCACAUUAUCUCAAUACAGGGCAUAUGUGCAGGGGAGAUGUGGCAUGGGCCUUUUCUGUGGCCACUACUGCUCUGCCUCCCUCCCCUCACAACACCUUUCAGCCAGUGGAUUGGCAUAGCCUUGAAUGCUCCAAUCUCAUUCCAUGUAAACCCUACCUCCAUGCAGGGAGCCUACACAGAGCUAAGUUCCACUGUGUGUAUAGGGUCUGAAUCCCCCAAGCAGCACAGGGAAUCCUGACCCAUCCAUGGAAUAGAAUGACAUUUGUUCUGCUCUGUCCAAGGCCUAAUGGGAGAUGGGGUGGGGGCAGGCAGGAUUGGUUUCUAAAUUAACAAAGAGCAGUGCACCAGUCACAGCAGAGGACAUGGCAUUCUCAGCACCCCUUUUCUCCAAAAGCAAAAUGACCUUGAACUAUAGAAUCUUCACAUCUAGAUUAGACUUGCUUCUCAUGCUACCAAAAAAGGUUUUCUCCUUGUUUACAGAAAUAAACAUAGUUUUAAAUUCCCUCUCUUAUGCUGUGUUUCUGUCUAGUUUUGAAGAUUUGCGCUGCAUACCUCUUUCCUGAAUGACAGUGUGCUUAUUUGGGUGGUUCUAAGAACUAUUUGGUAUUACCCAAACAGCUCUGAUAGCAAUUCAUAACACCAGAAUGUGACAUGCAGGAGGAUGCUUGCAAAUAUACAAGAGGGUCUUUACAUUACAUUUAGAAAAGUAAAGUAUUUGAAUUGAGAUUAUGUAGCAGAACCCAGACAAGUGUAAGAGGAAAAAUGUAAUAUGCACACUUGGUUUGUGUGUUUGCCUCUAGGAAAGAAGUACCAGUAAGUGAAGCAAGGAUUUAUGAUAUAAAAUUGCAGGGCACAGUUAUCCACCAAUAAGAGUCAGUUUAAUGAUGGCACCGUUUUGUACGUAAAUGUCUGUAUGAAUUUGAGUUAACCAUUUCAGGCCAGGAAGAGUAUUCUAGUCUCUUAGGGAAAAUUGUGCCCUUCCACACCACAAGGAAAUUAGAUGGAAAAUUCCAUAGCUUCACGGCCACAGAAUUCUACUUAGUGGGAGAGAGAUGGGCUAUGCCCCCUCGUGGUCUUCUAGCAUGGGCAGGUGACAUUACCCGUCCAAACUGAAGACAUCCCGAGUGCUAUAAGAUAAUUCCAGAUGUCAGGGCAGCCACUCCAGGUCAAAACAUAUGCAUAGAAGGCCAUUUCCUCCACCAUCACUUCCCAUGAUUCCCUCUGUGGCAGCACAGCUCCCUAGUGAGUGAUGCUCCCACUGCUUUCCAAUCCAUGCUUCAGUGAAAUCUCUAUUCUCUUAUGGUCUACAUAAGAACGGCUAUACUGGGUCAGACCAAAGGUCCAUCUAGCCCAGUAUCCUGUCUUCCAACAGUGGCCAGUGCCAGGUGCUCCAGAGGGAAUGAACAGAACAGGUAAUCAAGUGAUCCAUUCCCUGUCACUCCUUCCCAGCUUCUGGCAAACAGAAGCUAGGGACACCAUUCCUCCCCUGUCUAGUCUCACUUUUUAUUAUUAAAUGAAUAGUACAUUUUGCAUUGAAAGAGUGUUAAAUUAAUUGUGAAGUUCUUUGAAUCUGCAUUAAGCACAAUAAAAAUAAAAAGAAAUAAAUUAAUAAAUACAUCAGUGAUAGUGCUGAGAACGGUUUUCCCCAUGCCCUGUCUUCUUCCCACCCAGUCACUCCGUCUUCCAAAACCAAGGAAGUGUACCUGUGAAGAGACUGCAUGUGUGUGUGUGUGUGUGAUGAUGAUGAUGCCCCUUAAAUAACAUUUCUGAAGAUGUUUCAGUCUUCUCCUGCCUUUUAUUACUCUCCAGGAGAGUCAGCAGCUCACUUGAUAACAUCCUUGAGGUAGCCGUGGGAGAUAUUUCCAAAAGUAGUGUAUGUUACCAGUAUUAUAAUUCUUGUAUAACAAAUUUACUUGCCUCUUUCUGUCUUUUUAAUUAUUUUCCAGUUUUUAACAAAUUCCUUUGCUUGGUCCCUCCUCAGAUAAGUGUUAGAAUAUUAUAGUUCACUGAAUGGGCUGUAAAGGGGGACACUGAUAGCAUAAUGUGGUUAUCAGCUUUGCUAAAAACCCUAAUGGUAAUAUUUUUCUUGUCCUAAUCACAGAGAUGAUGGUGUCUCUUUGGUGUUUCUCUGCUAUUUAUUUAGCUAUAAUGUGAAAGAGAACCCCACCUUUUCAUGUGUGUCUCCAAAUUAGAUUGGAGUUAGCUCUUCAGUAGGUCUGAUUAUUAAAUUUAUAUGCAAUCCUUUUACACAAUAUAAAAGUAAUAGAAUUAAGAACAAAGUAUAUGACUAGCUGAUAUGCAGUUUCUUCAGUGUUUCAGUUCAUGUUGUGCUAAUUCACCUUGAUAUUUCAGAUAAUUUUAGACUUUGAUAAUAGAUCCCUUAAAAAGCUCUAUAAUAUAGAUUUUCCUUUAACAGUGAAUAAAGAUAAUAUGUACAAAGUACUACUUUUCUGGUUGCUGUAAGAGUAAAGGAGUGCAAGAAGAAACUUGUAAGAAAUAUAAUCUAGUAAUAACAAAUUUCUCAACAUGAUGAGAGGCCUGAUCCAGUGCCCACAGAAGUCAGUGGAAGGACUCCCAUUAAGUUCCAUGGGCAUUGGAUCAGUCAGGCCUUAAAACAAAAGGAAUUUGUGCUAUGUCCCGUCUCUGAUAUGUCUUUUUAGACCUUGACCUGAUUUUUGCAGAUUUAGGCCUGAUUAUGCAAAACGGAUAUAGCUGUCUUUCUGUAUUCAAGGGUUGCAUUCUUCAGCCUUCUAAAGAAAAUAAAAAUGUGAUCUGGCAUUUUUUCCUGCAUUAAAUGAAGCCCUGUUAAUAUUUACUUUUAAUAGGUGUUUGCUUAAUGCAGUUAUUGUGGAACACAUUCCAACUUGUCCAAAGAAUGAUGUUUCCAACUGCUGAGUAAAUGACCCUUGAAUUAUAAAGUUAGUUGUUCAAUUUUAGCCAGAGGGAUGAUGCCACUUUCUAUAAAAUUGUGGUAAAUACAUUCCAGGAAUUAAAUACUCAGUGUACUGUUCCAGCAUAACAAAGCCAACUGCAACCUUUGAAAUACAUUUUUUCUUAUCUGUUUUUAAGAGAGAUGAAGUGUUGGACUAUGUCAUAUUGCUAUAGGUUUGUUUUGAAGUCAUAUUUGGCAGGAAACUGUUUUUUGUUUUCUUUAAUUGCCUCACUGAGACUGUUUAUGCUAAGGAGAUACAAUACUUUCCACAAAGAAUAAACCGCAAAUUCAGCACUGAGCACACAAAGAAAACAACAUCCUCAGUUUUGCUUUUAUUUAUUUUUUCCUGUGUUUAUUUUAUAACUUGCUGCACUUCUUUUAUAGGUUACCACUUCACAGUACACCCGUUCUCUGGUUCUGUGCAGUCUCCUUGCCUAUAGAAACUGGCUCCUCUAUGCCAGCAUCCCCUAUUAUUGCACUAAUUUAAUUUCUCAGCUCUCUUUCUUUCUCAGCUGAGCAGUAAUCAUGGAUUUGUAUGGCUACUGUGAUGUAACUUUGAGAAUGCUGUUCUGACAUUUUGGCUGCCAUGCAAAUGCCAUUGUAGCUGUUUUUCUGUUUCUCUGAGCUGCAAAUUUCAGGUGCUGCUGCAGACCUGUUUAAAGUAAUGAAGGUUAUUCUUACUGAAUACACUCUACUGGGAAAAAAUAUAUAUGUGGAAAGUUGUCACAGUUUCAGUUAAGUACAGCAUAAUAGUAUUAAUGAUGUCCUGAUAUGCUUGCCCAUUGUAUUAUCAGCUUUCAGAAUGAUGGUAAGCUAUUUUUCUUUUCUUUUAAUAAUAAACAUGGCUGUUUUUCCUAGUGACUAUGCAUGAUCAUUUAUACACAAAACAUGAAUUAUUGCAUUUUACUGAGUAAAGUUAUGUCUAAUAUCAGCAGACAGGAAUAUAUGAAUACAGUACUUGUUUUAGCAUACUUAUAUCACAUCAUGUGGAGGAAGAAGGUAGUUUGCUUUAUUAAUUAUUAUUACUUCUCAUUCUCACUUCUACUUUCAGCCUUCCAGUUGGAAAUGUACUGCAGAAACUGUCCACUGAUGCCCUUUCAGCAGAUGUUACCUCUAAAUGUGAUAUGUUCAACAUCUAUUCUCUUCUCAUUACAGCACUGAAUGCAGUGACCAUCUCUGAGGGGGACUAUCAUGGUGAAAUAUUGUGCAGCAUAUAACUGCAGUAACGCAGACACAAAGUUAAAUCGGAAGCAGGGAAUAACUUUUCAUAGGUUUCCCAAGGAUAAUAAGAAAAAACAGCAGUGGGCCCAGGCAGUACAUCGGGCUGACCCCGUGAGUGGCAAACUCUGGACACCAUCUGAAUGGGACAUGAUUUGUUCUCAGCAUUUCAAUCCUGACUGCUUCAAAGAAAUUAAUGGAAAGAAAUUUUUAAAGGAAGGGAGUUGUCCUUCUAUAUUUUCCUUUCCUGACAAUUUUCAGAGAAUAGAUAAUUCUCUACGGAGAUCAAAACGUGCUGGCAUAGUUCUAGAAAAUCCUCCUCUCGAGGCAGAUCCCAGUGAGGUGUAUGUUACACCAGCCACGGUAAUGAAAACAGCGAACAACCCAAAAAGAUUAACAGAAAACUUCAGCUGUUCUCAUCAGGUAGACACUAGUGGGAUGUGUAAUACACAGGACACAGUAAUGACAGACCACCAUUACCAUAUCACAGACAGUCCAAAAACUCUGAAGAGGAAAUUGGAUGAACUUUUAGCAGAGAAUCACAAGCUCAGAAGAAAAUUAAGGAAUGCUUCUGAUCAAGAAGAGAGACUCCAUAAAAAUGUGGAAAUCUUGUUGGACAAGCUGCACUCUAAAGACAUGUUGUCGAGGGAAGUAACGUGAUUGCUAGAUCUGUGCAAAGGGCAUGAGCUGAAUGACAGGUCUUCUCUCCCACUGCACCCAGCUGUUGGAUAAGAAAUGUUCACUAAUGUUUAUUGCUAUACAUGUCAUUUUUGAAUGUAUUUAUUAAAUAAAAAGACAUGUAAACACUACUGAAGUUUUCAUAUAAAAGCUAGAAACUUCAACGUUAAGAUUGGCACUUGUGGUGUUCAGGGAGCGAAUGUCAGCCUUUUCUUUUAAUCCCUGUCUCCUCUUCAUUUGUCCCACACUGUUAUUUUUUAGAUAUGUAGUUUCAUGGAGGGUGGAUGGGAGUUUUACUGUUUGUUUGUUUGUUUUUAAAGUCUUCUGUAGACAUUUACUAAGUGGACAGUAUUUAGCACCUACGUUAUUCAUUUUUGUCUUUUUCCCCCCUUUUCCAUCUUAUGUUACCUUUUAAGUGCAUUAAUUUCUAGAGAUGCAAUGGUGUCAUUGCAACAGCCAUCCACAAGUGCACUAUAAAGUCGGUUUACAUAAUGGAUUGAAAUAUAUACCUUUUUUUUUUUUUUUUGGAAAGAUCGGCAUUUGCAUUAACUAUCAUGUUAAAUCCUGUGAUCACGCGUAGUAAAGGGUGUGGGGGGGGGGGGUGUAUGGAUAGAUGCAGACUUAUUCUAGUCCAUUGUAUCAAUAUAUCUGCUGUCUAUAUAGCGUGCUAAAAUUGAACAUAUUAAAAUUCAUUAUGAAAAAUAA